AGCUGAUAAAGGUGAGGUUAAAGUGAAAGUCUUCAUCUUUUUCAACCACCUGAAGACAUCACUCUCGAAAUCAGGAUGUAGGGGGAGCUGUUGGAAUGGCUUUCAAACUUCCUGGGACAAAAGCCAGCCCUUCACUGAGAGGUACAGUGGACCCCAGUUUUAAGAUCAGGAUGGCACGGACGCUGCAUUUCAACCAAUUAUCGUAUGAAGGUUUGUUUGGUCCCCCAAACAGGAAAUCUGUUGAACAUGAGAAACUGAUGCGUUCGGCAAUACAUAAGUGUGAGGAUGAAACUGUCUUGCAAUGGUUGAAACAGAAUUCUCAAUCUGCAGCCUUCGAAAAACUUGGCGAGAUGUUUAACUUCAUAAAAAAACACAUCAAUGAGGAAGAGAAGAAAGACCACGGGGACAAUAUUGACAUCAUUUUCAUGGCACACGGAGCGAUCAGAGACUCUUUGAUCCCAGCCUGCUGCCUCCUACCUCUGCCCACCGUCACAGAUGUGAUCCUGUACUCCCCCUGGAACUGCACUCUUAAUGCGGAUGCAGCGUAUGGCAUUGCUGCCGGCGUCAUGAAGCCGCAGCACAGAGUUUUUAACUGCAGCAUAAGCUCUGGCUGUCCAACUCCAAAUGGAGAGCAUCUUCCUGCAAAACUUCCAAACCACUGGAACUCAAUGAAGAGAGCUGGAGAAGAAGCGGUACCAAACAUCACACUCAGUCCUCUUAAUCCACCAAAGGAUGGGUACUUAAACAAGUUUGAGACCUUCACAAAGAAACAUGGUCUACCUGAGAGAAACCGCAUCAUCAUCCAGUACAUCAUCCCAGCAGACAAAACUUCCCAGCAGGAGACUCAAAGCGUCCCGUUCUACGUUGUAUCCUUGGCCCUGUCACUGGCGCUGGUGGGCAGCAGGUUCAAAGCCACCAUCCAUCUCGUCACUUGUCUCGGGGAUCGGUCUGCUGGAAGGAAAUUUGAUAAAGAGUAUCUGAAGAACCAGUAUGCCUGCACUGUGGACAACACCAUGAUGACUGCUUCACCAGACAUGUUCAAGAAAAGACUAUUUUUGAACUUUUGGACACUUUUUGAAACAUAGAAAGCUUUAAUGUAUGUGGCACUUUAGCAGAGUUUCUUCUACACCACUCUCUGCUGUAAACUCAACUGUAGCACAAUCUCUGACGACCAUAUAAGCCACAUACAUGAAUCUAUCUAUUCCUAAAGACCAAUGUGUGAAAAACAAUGUACAUUAAAAACAGAAGAGGCAAAUUGAAAUCUUCCGUUAGCAUGUCCAGUCUCCCUGUUGACCAAUGUUUAUUUUCUUAAUCAGAAACAAUAUUUGCACUCCGUCACUUUGCUGUUGUUCUAAUGAUUCUGUAACUUUCUGUCAGAUUUCAUGUAAAAAUUCAGAUUCCAAUCUCUUGAUUUCACUACAUGUGUGCCCCGAGAUCUAUGCAGGCUAUAUUUACUGUACUCCACUAAAAAUAUGCAAUGAGUAUAUUUAUAGAAGGGAAGCUGCAAGACAGAUACAGGGACAGCAUACACCGUGUACACACUACCAACAAUUUUGUACAGAUAAGAAAUUAUUUUAGGGGUUGAAUUUAUUUUUCUGAAUAGAAAAACAGCCAAUAAUCUCUGCCAUUAUUUAUAUAUAUAUAUUUAUAUAAAAAUUGCAUUGAUGUAGAUAAAUGUCCACCACUGUAAUCUUGUUAUCCACCACUUUGUUAUGAAAUUUUAAAGUGAAAUCAAUUUCAUUUUAAUGUCAAAUCUCUGGUACUUCCUUGAAUGUACAUUUUUAAUCCUAGAAGAAUAAAAGUGUCAUUAUUUCAACUAGUCUGAUGAUGCAUUGCUUAUGAAAGACAGAGGGAAGUUUACUUGUUGACCUUAGCAGCACUCAUCUAGCAGACUUUGAAUGUUCAGAUUUAAUCAUAACAGCAGAUGGAAACAUCGUUGAAGAGUUUAUCCACUGUAAACAUGUGCCUUUUAAUCGAUGUCUGCACUACAGCUGUUGAUAUAUGAAGCUGUUUUCAUGACCUGACUGUGAACCUAUCAUAUUGGACCCUGAUGUGCCUGAAAAUACAGAUGCAUUGGUGCAGAUGUGAAACAAAAAUGGGGCGUGUGAUCACUGAGAAAAAUAUGUUUUUGAUAAUAAAAGAACAAAAGGUACAAACUAAAGUUACUAAAAUGUCUUAAGAAAACACGAGGAUAACAUUUACUUUGCGGUGUGGUUGUUGGGGCUCUGAACUGAAUGCAGGAGGUGUGGCAAUGGUGCGUUGAAAGGAAGCAGUGUGGACACUGUUGGACGAACAUUGAUUAAAUAUCUAUUUGUGAAGUAUGGGUAGAGGGCACGUGACAGUGGUACAUUGGACAUCUUGUUAACUUGUCCAAAAUGUCUUGUUAAUACUGGUAUUUUGUCAUUCUCAUUAUUUGUGCACUAUUUCAUUAUUGUUAUU